CCGAAACAGAGUGUUUAGGGACAGAGACAAUCCAUUAGACUAUUUGGACGAUGCUGAUAUUGUACGUAAAUAUAGACUUUCAAGACCAAUGAUUCUAGAACUUUGUGGAAUGUUCCAAAAUGAGCUCGCAAGGCCGACUAAAAGGUCCCAUGCAUUUCCUGUCUCAUUACAAAUAAUGGUAGCCCUAAGAUUUUAUGCGACUGGGAGCUUUCAACUGGUUAAUGCUGAUGUCCAUCGUAUUUCUAGAGCUAGUGUUUCUACUAUUACACGUGACGUCACACAAUGUUUGAAAAAUGUAUGCAAUCAAUACAUUUCGAUGCCCACAGAUCAAGCAUCUCUUCAAGCUUUAAAGCAAGGUUUUUAUGACAUUUCAAAUUUUACAAAUGUUAUUGGUGCUGUUGAUGGUACUUAUGUGCGUAUCAAAAGCCCAGCUGUUGAUGAACACUUGUACGUAAACAGAAAAAAUUACCACUCGCUUAAUGUAAUGGGAGUUUGUGACUCAAACUUGAAGUUUUUAAACAUUGUGGCAAAGUGGCCUGGUAGUACACAUGACUCAUUUGCAUUGCGCAAUUCAAGGCUUUGUGAAAUGUUUGAAGACGGAGACAUAAGCGAUGGAUGGCUUCUUGGGGACAGUGGAUAUCCACUUCGACCUUGGCUCCUAACACCAGUCAUAAACCCAACAACAAGACAAGACCAACGUUACAACAGUUGCCAUAUGAGAACAAGAUGUGCUGUUGAGAGGAGUUUUGGAGUGUUAAAAUCUCGUUUCCGAUGUAUCGAUACCACUGCAGGAACAUUGUUGUACAGCCCAGUUAGAUGUUGUGACAUUAUAGUAGCUGUUGUUGUUCUACACAACAUGUGUAUUGACAAUAGAAUUCCAUUGCCUCCAGGAAACGAUAAUCCAAGAGAUCAUGGAAACAUUGGUGGACAGCAAUAUGUUGGUAUCCAAAAUGAUGGUGCAGUUAUUCGUACUAGAUUGAUUAAUAACAGAUUCAACAAUUAAUAAAAAAAAUAUUCUUAUCCUUCUUUUUUAAUCACUAAUGGGUUGUUCAUUGCAUGUAUUCUUGUAUUCUGAUACCUGGAUGACUAUCUC